UCUGCAGGUGCAAACAGGGAAAACCGGUGGUGUUCCGCAUGCGUACCCGGCUGCGUCACGGAGCUCGCGGGCUCCAGGGGACCUGGGACACAUUGCACCUUGGCUUGGUGCACAGUGACUCCCAGCCCUUGACCUCAACAGAGGCCCUGCAGUUCCUUACAUGGCUGUGGUUGCUGUGCCACGGAUGUGGGCAAGCCAGGCUGCCUGUGCUAGGUUCCCUGUGCCCAGCCUGUGCCCCUCAGCUUGCUUCCCCUUCCCUGUAACGCAGGAGAUGCUCCGUCCUUAAAACCAGUUUGCUUCCAGCUGAGGUGGAUUAAAGGAUGCGGAGCUAGGCACCCACCUCCAAAAACCCCAACAGGAGAGGCACACACGUCAGCUCCAAACCCUACUGCAGGACCUCCUGAGCCAGUUCUCCUGUCAGCCUCCUCCUGAUGCGCUGCCAACACUUCCCCAGCACAAAGAACGCAUUUAGCAGGCGCUGAGCAGCCCUCCCAGACACUGCCCUGUCUCCAAGUGCCUCCUGGCCCAGUUGAUGGUUCUUGGCCCAGAAACACGACGACCUCCCACCGGCAGCUCCGUGUACGCUCACACCCAUCCUGGAUCACAGCUUGGAUUGUGGCUCUGCCCCCUCCAUCCUUCUCCAUAGGGAGAUGCUGCUGCUGCAGCAUUAAACGGGGCAGCAGCGCUAAACUUUCCUAAAAAGCAGUGAGAAGGAAGGGCUGCGUGCAGGAAGGCAGGCGCUGAGCUAGCAAUGGGUGGCCUCGGCUAACCCCAGCACUCUCAGGCUCAACAAGGCACCCGUUUUCCUGCUCUCCCCUCUCCUAUUUAUUUAUUUAGUAACAGAAGAACCCCUUCAUGUAGCGCACAGGCAUCUCUUCAUCCACAACACAAAAGGCGAUGCACGCACCAAGAAGAAAAGGCAUUUGAAAAGCAGCAGUGCUACAAGGCAGCCUGGCUGUCAUGCUGGGUGCCGUGCCUCUGCUUGCCCUGCAAGGAUGCAUCAACCCUUGGUUCUGCUAUCCCACCCUGCAGGGUAGGGGUCCCAGCUGCCAGCCUCACCCUGCAGACUAAACAGCCAGUGAGGGCUUUUUCCCCACAUUCAGAUCCAUUUUCAAAUGGAAACAUUUCAAAGGACUCUCUCCUUUUUUUUUUUUUUUUUCCCCCACUGCAAACAAUUAAUUAUGAGCUUAAAAGGAAGUCCCAGCCCUCCUUCCCUCCCCUGAAGUUUACAGGCAGUAAACAUGAAGCGGCUUAGGGCAGGAGUAAAAUUGAACAUCCUGUUUUGUCUGAAAUUGAGGCGGUUGGCUUUUUUUGCUUUUUUCUUUUCUUUCUUUUCUUUUCUUUUCUUUAGAAGCUUUUUGGAAUGAAGUGCAUCAUAGGAUCUCAGUGUUCCUGCCUGGAUAGCAAGCUGUCAGGAUAUUCAUGGAUAAAUGGCAAACCUGCUUCAGGCAGACGAUUCAAGCCAAGGGAAAGCUGCUCUGUUUAUUUGUACGGCCAUUUAACCUUACGACAUCUGCACUAAAAAUGGUCUCAGAGAGGAGGAAAUCUGGGACAAGCACAGCUCAAAGAAGUGCUCCCUGCACUCCUCCAUGCCCUUUACUUGCAAAGCAGUGGGCAGCAGGAAGCACCACAAGCACCCAGGGACUUUUUCUUACCCCUCCUGGGAACAAGGCUUUUUUAAUUCCUUUUUUACCAUGCAUGAAGUAGGCAAUGGAGCAGCGACAGGAUUUUUGCCUCUGAGCUGCCAUUUGGAACCUGCCCACCACGGUGCUGCUUCCUCUUGGCAGGUCGCAGGUGCUGUGCUGCAGGCUGUCGGGCUUUUAUGGUUUUUCUUUUGGAUCAGAUAGCUUUGGUGGUUGUUAGGAGAUAGGCUGGGUGUGCGUGCACCCAAAGUGUUGCAGGAAACCAAAUGCUUAGUACAGGGGUAUCUGGAGAUAGCAGGUACCACUGCAGCGAUACAUGAGCAGGGAAGGGCAGCACUGGAGAGAUGGAGGUUUCAGCUUGGGGCCCUUCUCACUGCUCCCUAGAGGAGGAGAACCAGCAAUUCAGUGGAUACAGCAAACGGAGUUCAGGUGCCAGAGAAAUGCUCUGAUUAGCAUUUCUCCCCUCCACCUUAGGUCUGUUAGUGAAGGCAAGCAGCUCCUCUGUGACACCUUUGUGUGUAUGUCUGGCUGUAUGUCUGAGCUGCUGCCUUGUGAAAGUCUUAGUUUUCCUUUUGCUGUGUCUCAGCUUCCCCUGUGGUGCACAAUAGGGGCUUCAAUACUCCCUUGAGAGACUCUGGGGCUGGACUCCCAAAGGCAAAAGCAAAGCAACGAGACACCGAUGUAAAAUGCCAAAUCAGGGUGAAACUUGCUCUCAGAGCCUGAUGUUGCUCCUGCUGACUUUCCAUCUAUACAAUCCUUAACUCAAUGACCUCCAAAUUCUUGGCUUAAAACCCCCAGGAGCUCUGCCUGGCCCUCGAGCAGUAACAGAGGGUGGUUGGGAGUAGAGGCAGAAUCUCCCUUACCCUGGCCGCCUCUACUGCAGGAGGGCUUCCCCAAAAACCUGGGGCUCAGCAGCACCUCUCCCUCCUUGAGGGGGAGGAAAACCUCACGUCAUGCCACAAAAAUGCUCCUCAGCCCUGCCCAAGCCUUGGAGCAAUUCCCAGGCACCAUCCAGAGCAGCUCGUGCAGCCUGUUAGCUCCUCACAGGAGUCAAACGUAUCCUGAGGAGCCAUAAAAGAGGAAUCCUGCCCGAGAGCCAGCAUGGAGCAGAAGAUCAGCUCUUUCUUUAAUUCCAUCUUGGAACUUGUUCGCACCAAGCACAAGGAGGGCGUCUUCAACACCGUCUGCCUCGCGGUGCUGUUGGGCCUGCCCUUUGUCGUCCUCAUCGCGUCCAUCUUCAUCUGCUGCCACUGCUGCUUCUCCCACUGGAGGAGACAGAGCACAAAGAGGGACAGCCCCAGCAGCAACGGGCAGCUGCAGGCCGAGAGGAACAAGAAGAAGAAGAAGAAGAAGAAGGAUGAGGAGGACCUGUGGAUCUCGGCUCAGCCCAAGCUGCUCUUGCUAGACAAGAGGCCAUCUCUGCCUAUCUAGCAACCAACUCUGAUGUCUCCGGUCCUUCCAGCUGUGCUACAAGGAGAUGCCCAAACUGCUGCCACUUUAUGGUGACUUUGAAAAGAGGCUCAGCCCAUCAGUGGGGUAUCAAAGGGCCGGCACAGAGCAAGGCCUGUAGACACGGGUUUGUGCCCCCCACCAAGGUGAAACCCUCUGCAAAGGACAGACGGCCUGCUGAGCCACCAUGGGGCCAUGCUCACUCUCACCUCGGAGAUGCAAGGCAAGCCGAGUGCAGCAUUACAGUACAGUGCAGACAUCCUGGCCCUCCACCCCCAAAUCAAAAGCAAUACGAGUUUCGCAGGAUGCACUCAGCCCAACCUCAGAAACCUCAAGUCCCAACCUAAGGCAGCAAAGCAGAAGGCCAUGCUGCCACUCAGCCCAAAGGCAGGAAGGAGCCAGGAAGUUGCAAGACCAGCCCUUUUUCACCAGCACCUAAAAAGUCUUCCUUAAAAGACUUUUUUGUACAGACUUGCUUUUAAAAAGCCCAUCAUACUGCAGCAAAGUCUGCAUCACCUCUAUGCUACUGCAGGAGCGGAGACGUAAGCUGAUGCUGUGUAACAGCUUAGCUAUGGCUAUUAGAGUUAUUUAUUGAAUGACUACUGAAGAGCAGAACCAAAGGCCCCUCUGUUACAGGGCUUGGUGCACUGAAUUGCUAUUGGAGCAGCAGACACUUUCCCAGCACAGUCCUCCCCAUGCCACACAUCAGGGGCACGCACAGACCCACAAGCACACACCACUGCCAGCUGCUGCAUGGCCAUCAGCACAGCUGGGACUGGACCUUGCACUCAUCUCCCUCUCCAUCUCCUUCCUCUCCCUGGCAAAGCCACCAGCUCCUGGCAGUUCCUUGUGCCACCCAUCCCAGUUUGUGCAACUCCAGCAGGGUGGUGGUGCUAACAUCACGUCACAGGGCUUGGCUCUGUCUGGCUGCACUGGUGACAGCCUCAAAGCUCCUCACCACACAAGGGCUUUAAAUUGCCCCCAUAUGUGCCUUAUAUUCCAGUUUACUUUAUGACCAUUGAAAUAAGUGACUCCCUCCUCCUCCAAAACAGGAAGCAAUGUAUAAUGGUAGAAAACUUUCAGGCUUUGCCACACGUACAUCCGUCCCCCACCCAGGUACUUUUCCCCAGUUUUGGCCAAACCAUGCACUGAACCACUGCAUCUCAAGACAAAAGCAAGAGAGAUGUGUCUAUCAGCAGGGUGACAGCCAUCUGAGCACCAAGGCAAGAGCAGCAUGGUACGGAAACGCGGCUGCACCCCCCCCCCUGCACUGCCUCCCCACAACUGCAUUUCAGUAUCAGCCUUUUCCUAAAGAGUCCAUACAACAGGAGAAAAACAAAACAAAACAUUUUUCUAGCUUUUUUUUUUUUUUGUACAAAAAUAAAUGACUAAA